UCUGAUUCUAGGGGAAGUGGUUAUGAAUGGUUAGCCAUGCUAUAGCAUGUCAGAAGUAGAUGGCAUGCAUACAUUAUAUUUUACAUAUUGAGAGCCAGCUUAUUCACGGAAGCUUCCUCAGCAGGUUGAUCCUCGUGGCAACUGUUGAUUCUUCCUCCAAUCAAGUUGCUCCUUGGCUCUUCUAUGAGGAUUUCAGCCUGAUCCAUGUCCAUCUGCUUCCAGAGAAAUGAACGAGAGUCUGAACAACUGCAUAUUUGUAAAUGUGACAUCAAUAAUGAAUACCGUACAAUUUUCCAUCUACAUUCCUACAACUAUCAUAGGAUUCAUCCUCAACAUAUUUGCCCUGUGGAUAUUCUGUUUCACCAUGAAAAAGCACACAGAAGCCUCAAUAUACCUUCUGAAUUUGGCGUUACUAGAUUUUUGCCUUGUUGUGUCUCUACCAAUCAGACUCCACUUCUCACAGUUCAAUGUCAUUGUAAGUGGCCGGAUGUGCAGUUUUUUGGAGUCCCUCUACUUCACUAAUAUGUAUGGGAGUAUCUACACAAUCAUGUUCAUCAGUGUGGACAGAUAUAUUGCCAUUAAAUUCCCUUUCCUGUCCAAGAUGCUACGCUCACCCAAAAAAACUCUAUGCAUUUGCAUUUUUAUCUGGGUUUUUGUAUGGACGGUGGCUCUCUGCACUUUUAACUUUCAAGACGACUUAAGACAUGGCAGCUGUUUUCAUAAUAUGUCAGACAGUAUUUGGAGUACCCACAUAAUUGUACCUCUAGAGAUUUUCGGAUUUCUGAUCCCUAUGACAGUCAUGCUGUACUGCUCUAUCCAGAUCAUCAGGACUCUGCUGGUUCCGGUAUCAUCAUCAUCUGUGCAAUGUGAAGGAUCAAAGGCUAAUGUCAUACGCAUCAUUAUCUCUAACUUGAUAGUGUUUUUGUUUUCUUUUUUGCUUAGCCAUAUUGGUAUCUUCUUGCAGUUCUUGGUCAGAAAACAUGUCAUUUCGAACUGUUUGAUAAAGAAACAUAUAAGUCUUUUCGUGCAAGUGGCCCUAUGUAUUUCCAACAUUAACUGCUGUCUUGAUGCUAUUACCUACUAUUACGUGGGAAAAGAAUUUCGAAGAAAAUUGGUUAAGAGUCAUUCAAGCGUGACACAAGUUGACAAUACAAUAAUCUGAUUUUGUCAUUCGGUAAAGUUUUGCAUUAGUUGAAAUACUAGUUCUGUACUCAUAGCCAAUGCUUGUCUAAAACAGAUAACGUACACUAUGAAUGCAUUGCAUUAAUAUGAAUAUAUCUAAAAAGAAAACGUAAAUGUUUAUGCAAAUUAGGUUCUAAGUUAAAAAGCUAUGUAGAUAAUUUAGAGGCAGAAAUAUAUAUUUUUCUAUAUACGGUAUAUAGUACUGUACUUUAAGGUUACAAGGCCUUUCACCUGAUGCAGCAUUCUCCUACCACAUGGGUCUAGAUUUGAUGGAUAGAUUCUAUUACACUCACUAUAUUCUGGGUCUUUCACCACCAUGUGAUGUAUUUACUUUGGAAUAGAAAGAAUAUAUUUCUUUAGGCCAUCUCGUCAAAAGUAAGGCCUCUUUCACACGAACGAUACGGAUUAGGUCGGAUGCGUUCAGGGUGCGUUCAGCGAAGCUCGCACCAUUUUGCAAGCAAGUUCAGUCAGUUUUGUCUGCAAUUGUGUUAAG